AUGCCUUACGGUACACAAAACCAAUACACCGAACCACCACCAGCUUAUGCACAAGUACCUCAUGUUGGAACUUCAGCAGCAGCUCGUGAACCUUUAUUGGACAGAGAGGUAGGUGACGAUGAUGUACCAGACGAUUUUAAAUAUGGAGUAUCAGUUAGCGAAUGUGAUCUUAGUCGUCGUUCUUAUCCAACAAAUUUCAUAUUAUUAUCUACAUUUACACUUGCUGAAGCCUACACUGUUGGAACUUUUGUUACUUUUUAUGAAACCGAAUUGGUUUUGCAAGCAUUUCUUAUAACUGUUGGAUUAUUUUUGGGUCUUACAUUGUUCACUUUUCAGUCAAAAUAUGAUUUUAGUGGAUUGUUGCCAUUCAUUGUUUCAUUAUUCUUUCCAUUCAAUGGAACCUUUGAUUUGAUUAUUGCGUCAGCAACAGCUAUAAUAUUUUGUGGGUUUAUUAUUUAUGAUACUGAUCAAAUCACAAAAAGACUUAGCCCCGAAGAAUAUAUUGUUGCAUCGUCGGCCGAAUCAAAAUCUGUUAAUGGUGGAGCUAUUUUGGCAUUAUCUUAUGAAAUUAAAGAGAAUGCUGAAACUAUAAAACAUGAAGGAUUAAAGCUUAUAGAUAUGGUAUCAAAAUAUAAGAAACAUUUAAAUAUACAAAUUGGAAUAACAUCUAAUGAAAAACUUAUAGAAGAAUUAAAUAAAAAGAUCAAAGAGUCAGAGGCAAGAUGUUUAUUACUUGUUGACUUUAUUUUGGAUUUAAAUUUACUAUUAGUAUACUCUUUUGAAAUUACAACUUUGUCUUUAAGCACUUCCAAUGAUUAUGUGGAAAUAAUAAAAAGAAAACUAGAAGAUGAUUUUAUUCUUUUAUCAGCAAUUUGCACUAAAUCAAACGAAGGAAUAGAAAAUGGUGCUAAAGCUAAAAUGGCAUAUGAUGAAUUGUUGAUCCACAUAAUAAUCAGUCAAUCAGACAUUUAUGUUGCAAAAAUAAUUAACGUAACAUUCACUAAUAAUGAGCGAACUGCUCUAAAUGUGCUAUGGAUUCAAGCCAUCUUGGAAAUAAUCUUUGAUCUGGAAUAUCUGUCACCAAAGCUUGAUACCAACAUUGCUGAUUAG